AUGAACGACGAAGAGUACGAAACCACAGAGAGACUGUUCACGAAGCAGAUGAAGCAGUUGAACUUGAAGAUCUCGCAAGAGGAGGACGGUAUGGUCCAUGAGCAGAAUCUCAUUGUUCGAUUUGGAGGAGAGGAAUUCACUUGGUAUACUCUUUUGACAAUCAGCAUCGUUAAGCAACCAUCGCCAAUAUCACAGCUACCCCCGCUAUACUUCUCUCUGGUCAUGACAGCGUACCUCAGUACACCAGCCAUCAAUAUAGCAGUCACUGAGCCUUAUAGAUCUGACUCGACCAAUCAGAAUCCCGGAGGCUGGAUCUGCCUCAGUGAUAGGGUCCACCCUGAAACCCGGGGCCCCGUAGUAACAAAGGCUGGGAUGUUCGCUGUUAAUGCCCUCACAAGAGGCUGGAGGUGA